UCCAAAUUAAUGAGGUAUGGCAAAGGGAGAUUGGAACGAUUUGACUUGUCACGUUUGGGAACAUAUAGCAAGCAAAAUAAGCAAUCAAACUCAAGUAAAGCAGCUCCAUGCGCAGCUGAUUCAAAAUUCCCUCCACCACCAUUACUCCUGGGUGGCGCUGCUCAUCAACGCCUGCAUGCGUCUGCGCGCCCCACUUUCCUACACCCGCACAAUUCUCCAUUAUUCCACGGCCACGCCUUCCCCCGAUGUCUAUGCCUUUAUUUCUGCGCUCGAAUACUACUACACUCUUCCUGUUUGUAAAGAGCAGGAAGUUGCCUCUCUGUGUCAUCAACUGCUAGCAAGCACCAACAAGCCCGCUGCUCUUUAUCCUAUUCUGAUAAAAUCAUCCGUCAAAGCUGGCAUUUUGUUUCAUUCCCAUCUUGUUAAAUUGGGUCAUCAUCAUGAUCCUCAUACGCGCAACGCCCUCAUGGAUUCUUAUGCCAAAUUUGGCCCAAUUGAGGCGGCUAGGAAGCUGUUUGAUGAAAUGCCUGGGAGAAUGGCUGAGGAUUGGAAUUCCAUGAUCUCUGGGUACUGGAAGUGGGGUAAGGAAGCUGAAGCAUGUUGUCUCUUUAACUUGAUGCCUGAGAAUAAGAGGAAUGUUGUUACUUGGACUGCGAUGGUUACUGGCUCUGCCAAUAUGAAGGAUUUGAUCACUGCAAGAAGGUAUUUUGAUCGGAUGCCACGCAGAAAUGUGGUUUCAUGGAAUGCAAUGCUCUCUGGUUAUGCUAAAAAUGGUUUUGCGAAAGAGGCUUUGCAUUUGUUUCUUCAUAUGAUAAAAGCUGGGGAUGGGAUUGAACCCAAUCAAAUCACAUGGGUCGCUGUCAUUUCUUCAUGUUCAUCGCUUGCCGAUCCUUGCCUUGCAGACUCAGUUGUCAAAUUUCUUGACAAGAAGAAGAUUCAGUUAAAUUCUUAUCUCAAAACAGCCUUGCUUGAUAUGCAUGCAAAGUGUGGGAAUCUUGAGACAGCUCAGAAAAUUUUUGAUGAGUUUGGUGAGCACAGGAGUUGUACUACAUGGAAUGCCAUGAUUUCGGCGUACAUGAGGUUUGGAAAUUUGGCUUUAGCUAGAGAGCUCUUUGAUAAAAUGCCUGUAAGGAAUGUUGUCUCAUGGAACUCGAUGAUUGCUGGUUUUGCCCAAAAUGGGCAGCCUGCAAUGGCAAUUCAGCUCUUCAAAGAAAUGAUUGCUACUACAAAUUUGAAGCCAGAUGAGGUAACUAUGGUUAGUGUUAUCUCAGUUUGUGGACAGCUUGGGGCUUUAGAAAUGGGAAAUUGGGUUGUCAAUUUCAUUGUUGAGAACCAGAUCAAGCUGAGCAUUUCAGGUUACAACACUUUGAUUUUCAUGUAUUCAAAAUGUGGGAGCAUGAAAGAUGCUGAAAGGAUAUUCCAAGAAAUGAAGAUAAGAGACACUAUUUCAUACAAUGCGCUGGUUUCAGGAUUUGGAGCUCAUGGUCGUGGAAUUGAAGCUGUGGAACUAAUGUCUAGGAUGAGAAAAGAAGGUAUUGAGCCAGACCAUAUUACUUAUAUUGGUGUCCUUACAGCAUGCAGCCAUGCAAGAUUAUUGAAAGAAGGUCGCAGGGUAUUUGAAUCAAUAAAAUUUCCAGCUGUAGACCACUAUGCGUGUAUGGUCGACUUGUUAGGUCGAGUGGGUGAACUAGAUGAAGCAAAGAGAUUGAUUGAUCAUAUGCCAAUGGAACCACAUGCGGGAAUUUAUGGCUCUCUUCUUAAUGCUAGCACAAUUCACAAAAGAGUUGAACUUGGGGAAUUUGCAGCUAAUAAGCUCUUUGAGCUUGAACCCAGUAAUUCAGGAAAUUAUGUUUUGCUAUCGAAUAUAUAUGCUUCGGCUGCGAGGUGGGGCGAUGUGGACUGGGUCAGAGAAGCAAUGAGAAAAUUAGGAGUGAAGAAGACAACAGGUUGGAGUUGGGUGGAACAUGAUGGUAAAGUGCAUAAGUUCAUAGUGGGAGAUAGGUCACAUGAGCGCUCAGAUGAUAUCUAUAGGCUAUUGGAAGAACUGUGUAGGAAAAUGGGAAGGCUAGGAUACAUAGCGAAUAAGAGCUGUGUACUAAGAGAUGUUGAAGAUGAAGAAAAGGAAGAGAUGGUGGGCACUCACAGUGAGAAAUUGGCUGUUUGUUUUGCUCUUCUUGUUAGUGAAGUGGGGGCUGUUGUUCGAGUGGUGAAGAAUCUAAGAGUUUGCCAGGAUUGCCAUACUGCUAUGAAGAUGAUCUCUAUGUUGGAAGGAAGGGAGAUAAUUAUGAGGGAUAAUAACAGGUUUCACCAUUUCAUUGAUGGGCAAUGUUCUUGCAGAGAUUAUUGGUGAGGAAGGAAACAGAAUUCUUUUAUGAUCAUGCCAUGAUGCCAGCAAGUUUUAUGUGAUUGUGCUGAUUGACAUUAAGCAUAGAAGAAAUGACUUUGACAUGCUACUGCAGCCGUGUCUCUAUCUAGGUCUUGUUGCAAUGAUGUAGAAUGAGUUUUAGCAUUACAACUGAUUAAUACAACAGCAGAGAAUCUGAUUGUUUGGCAUCGCAAUCACUCAGGAGAAUAUAUGGUAAAGUCAGGGUACAGUUGUGUGAUGGACAGCUUGAUUAUACAGGGGAAAGGAGAGGCAAGUUUUGGCGAGAGAAUCCAGUUUCGAAGAGUAUACGAAGAUCAAGUGUUCCCAGCAGAGUGAGGAUUUUUUUUUGUGCAAUGCAGCAUUGCCAUUACAUAUUCUUCCUACUAUAUUUAAUCUGAGAUCAAGGCUUCUGCUUAUUAAAAAAAAAAAAUUGUUUAUUCUCCCAAGAAUUCAAAGACAACAAUGCAUACUUUGAAAAUUCGUAGAUCAGCUGAGAAGGUUUGGCUUUCCUGCAAGGAAGAGUUAAAGGUUACUAAUAGUUGGCCAACAAGUAAUGCAGGAAUGGAUCCAAGAAACUUGCUCCCAUUUAGCAGAGCCGAAAUUUGAUCUGUUUCUUUUUUUCCGGUGGUUCCAUGGACUAUGCGAAAUCCUAAAAAGGCAUCACCAUGGGAGUGGAUAGGGAAUCAAGUUCAGAUUCUUUGAUUUGAAUGGUUUUCUGGAGGCACAGUUGAAGUCAGGAGGCAGUAGAGCAAAGCUGAAGAGAUGGAGCACACGUCAAGGUGAUAUGCCGAAAUUAAUUUGAUUGAGCUCCGAAUGGUGGCUAUUAGGAACAGUAUAGGGGAAGGGGUAGGUUUGUCAGCAGCUAAGAAGUUGAGUAUUAGUUACCGUAUGUUGCAGAACUUAGAGCAGCGGAGGAGGCUAUGAGAAACAAAAUAGUGGAGGGUGAUUCAGCUCAGGUCUCUUUAAUGAAUGGAGGAAGACCACCCAGCUGCAGCUGUUAAGAAGUUCUAAUUCAAUUCAUGUCUUACAUGAGUGUAGAAGUGUGAAUGAUGAAGCUCACCGCCUACCAAAGUAUGUGCUUCAUCAUGCAGAUGAUUUUGUGGCGUGGAUUGACCAACUCCGGACUUUAGUAGUCACGAGAUUAUUCAACUUGCUACGUCCACUGUCAUAUAUUUUUUUUAUUUAAAUGAAAUAUAAAUAAAUUGAGAAAGUUGCCAUGUGGCACUCCCAUGGAACUCCUCAACCCACGUUUUAUA